AUGCUGCAAUGGGAGUGGCCCAAGACAUGGCCGACGGAGAGCAAAGAAGUGAUUCGGAUCUCCAUUGAGAGGGCCAUCCGCAAGGCCAUGUCGGGUGGAAAGAACGCGCAAAUUCGUGGCGUUGUUAGUGUGGACGAGCUAAACUUGGGGUGCAUUCCGCCGGAAAUUUCCUUGAAUGGAAUUCGUGAGCUUUCUGUGGAGCACACCGCCAUCAUGGUGAAGGUCCACUACCAUGGCGACUUUUCGAUGCGGCUGCGAGGAUUAGAGAUUAACUUGGACACUGUCGGGGCGAGCGCGGAGGAGGCCGAUGCAAAUUUUGCACUUCCCUUUUUUUGCCCCUUUGAGAUGACAUUGCGGGACAUUCAGAUUGAUGGAAUGGUCUCCAUUGAAAUCUUUCAUGAACUAGAAGAGAAUCCGCAGUGGGAGCAGAAUUCUUCAUUGAUUUUUCACACAGAGGUGAAACCGAGGGUUGUUAAAAAUAAUGUUCGGCGUCCAUCGCGCUCUGUGCGUUCUUCUGGCACGAAUACUUGUCUCGGUUACGGGGCUCUUCUUGCUGGCGGUGGCCGUCGAGGAAUGCGACCACCAGGUGCGCUUGAAACAACAGAGGCGUCUUUACCCUUGCUGGAUGCAGAUGGAGCCACUGACGGUGUCCUGAAAUCCUCCUCUCCGGCACGUAACAGUGUCCCGUCAUUUGCGGAUAUUUUGGAAAAGAAGGUGAUAGUGAAGCGUCGAAUGAUGAAACUGCAGUUAUUUGGUGAUCCACUCAAAAAAUUCCGUGUGGUUUCAAACUUUGGUACGGUGCCCGGGGCGAACAGCAAAGUGGAAGGCACUGUUAGAAUGCUUAUCAAGCCUGCCAUUGAGGCACUCAUGGAGGAGGGCAUAAUCUUCACGCUAUAG